AUGAGCCCUGAUGUCACCUGCUCUGCUGGCUCGACUAGCUCCGCCUCCGUCGAUCAUCGAGCGGAAUCCCUUCGUCAAGAAGGUAACGACGCAUUCAAGCGUCAACACUUUGACCAAGCAAAAGCCCUGUAUUCCCAAGCUCUUGCAUUGCAACCUCGCAAUCACUUCCUCUAUGGGAAUCGAUCAGCAGCGUGCUACCAUCUAAACGAGCUCCAAAACGCACUUGCAGACGCUGAACAGGCCAUCGCUAUUUCUCCGGGGUGGCCGAAAGGGUAUCUGAGAAAAGCGGCGGCCUGCGAAGCAUUACAGCGUCCAGGCGACGCUAUUGACGCUUUUCAAACGUUGUUGUAUUUCGAUCCAACACACUUGACUUCAGUAUCGAAAAAUCACAUCACGAAACGAAUGAGGGACCUAAAACAGCGUCUUUAUGCCGAACACAAGGGAAUCUUCGAACAGCCGAAGAACGUGUCGGAGAUCCAUAUGGAAAAAAAGAACGAUCCGAGCCGGACAGAAAAGACGACGCAGCGGUCGUGGCAACUGAUGUUACGAAAGUUACUGAGUGGGUGUAACAAACAAGGAGUAAAUCGUCAAGGCGAGCGUGUGGUUCUAGAUGACGGCGUGUUUGCCAAAUUACUGAAUGAGCAUGAAUUCCAGCAACUGAUUUACCCGGGUAUUCCAUCGGACCAAUUAAAGCAUGCGCCAAGAAAUCUCCAAACGCUGUUGGAAGACCCGUGGUACGAACAGGAGCUCUUGGCUCUGAUGCCAAAAGUGCAAGCGAAAGCAGCAAGUGUGUUGACAAAUGUCAAGCAACGAGGGGCAGAACAAGGCGAUGUCAUGGAUAUGACGACAGAACGUAUGCUCAUGCCACAAGUGCUGCAAGAAGCUUUUGGCCGAGAAGUUCUGGCAAUGGUGCAUCGUGUGAAUCAUCAGAAACACGUCCGGUUGGCAAAUGACGCGAGGUUGCUCGCUGAUCCGAAUUCGGACUUUGCUACUUGGGAUCAGCUCGAUGACGACUUUCUGGACGAAUUGUUGCUUGACAAGAACAACAACGUACGUGGUACGGCAGUUAUGGACGAUUUUAUGGGCGAAGACUGGACGCAGUUGCUCCUCAAUGACGUGGCAAGAAUGGCCAAUAAUGGUCUGUUGAUGACUACGAUACCACAUAUUGACGUGAAGCACGUGUUGUGUCAGCAGCAGAGAGGACGGCGUAAGAAUACGCUACCAGGAGCAAAACUUCGCUUCGUGGACUAUCAAAGCUGCGUCGUAGAGUACCCAGCGCUGGCCGAGGUGAUCGAGAAGAUGCAUGCUUUGCCUUACGAGAUCAACAAGAAGCGGAUGAACCAGGUGCGACUAUGUGCGCGAUUUGUACACAGCACUGCUGUUCACCAGCUACCAGCCGGACAUCACCAACCUCUUCGUCUCGAUUGUGGCGGCGGUGACCAGGACAACGGGUUUAAGUUGACGUGCACGUACUUUUUCAACAACGUGCAAUUACAUGAGAGGAAGGCAUCGGGUACGAAACGAACAUGUUUGCAACUCCGAACAGCGCUACUUGAGGAUGCUCCGGUGAGGCAGGUUGAUCCAAAAGCGGAUCGCUUGGUCAUUUUUCAAAGCCAAUCAGUAUUCAACGAGAUCAUCAACGUCCCGAAUGGCGAAAACUUGUUCUACCUGACUUUUUGGAUCCACGGACAAGCCCAGCCGUAG